AUGCCCGUACUGGAGGUAGAGCAGGAGCAUAAGACUGGAGUGAGGCUGACAAAGAAAAUCAUUAAAACCCCUGUGGAACCACGAGCUGAAGAGAUGAUGAGACACAGAUCGGACAGAGUGAGCCGCUUGUGGAAAAUGCAGCCAAGUGUUUUUGGCCUUCUGCAGAUCGCUCAGAAUAUGACAUCAUCGUUCAUCUAUCAGUGUGAAGCGCUGAUAUCUGAUAAUGUCUUGAUGAAGCGACUGGCUGAGGAGAAGUUCGAUGUUGGCAUUGCUGAACCUAUUUCUGUCUGUGGUCUUGGAAUAUUUGAAGCUGUAGAAAUUCCCUCGUCCAUUGCAGCAUUUUCUGGUGUUCACGUAGAGAUCGUUUCGAAGUACAUUGGAGAGCCUAUAAAUCCAAGCUAUGUUCCUGGUGAGCGACACAAGUGA